AUGCUUGUGGGAGCUGCUUCUGCAGCAGCAGCAGCAGCAGCUGCUGCUGCUGCAGCAGCCGGAGGAAUUCGUCUAUGCGUGUGCUUGUCUGGCGCAGCUGUGCUGCAGCAGCAGCAGGUGCUGCUGCUGCAGCAGCAACGUGUACAUCAGCUGCAGCAACAGAGGGGGCUGAAAUAUAUCCCCUUUCAUGGCCGCAACAAGAAGCCGCGAAAGGUACCUCCCCCGCCCCCAGUGUUUGCUGCUGAUGCUGUGGCUUUGUCUCCUCAAUCUACUGUUAUAUCUGAUGAGCUGCAGUUGCAGCAGCAGCAGCAGCAGCAGCUGCGGCUGUCUCCCUAUCAAGCUGUUCACCUUCUGCAGGCGUUCUUGCCUCUGAGGCCUAUAAACGCUUCUGGAGAUGCAGCAGCAGCAGCAACUCCCCCAAAACAGCAGCAGCAGCAGCAGCAGCAGCAGCAGAAGCAAGAGCAGCAGCAGGAAGAUGAGGCCGAAGCAGCUUUUCAUGGCCGCAACAAGAAGCCGCGAAAGGUACCUCCCCCGCCCCCAGUGUUUGCUGCUGAUGCUGUUGCUUUGUCUCCUCAAUCUACUGUUAUAUCUGAUGAGCUGCAGCUGCAGCAGCAGCAGCAGCAGCAGCUGCGGCUGUCUCCCUAUCAAGCUGUUCACCUGCUGCAGGCGUUCUUGCCUCUGAGGCCUAUAAACGCUUCUGUAGAUGCAGCAGCAGCAGCAAGUCCCCCAAAACAGCAGCAGCAGCAGCAGCAGCAGCAGAAGCAAGAGCAGCAGCAGGAAGAUGGGGCCGAAUCAGCAGCUGCUGCAACUGCAGCAGCAGCAGAAGAAACUGCAGCAGAGCAACGGAAUAUAAACCCUCUGGUGUAUCUAGUAAUGCAUGUAAACGCAGAUCUAAGCAGAGAAAGUGUACGGGGUGUAUGUACACUCAAACACGGCAUCGGCAGCGAUAUGAGGCUCGCUGUUUUCUGCCCUGAAGAGGAGGCCGCCGGGCUGCUGGCGCUUGGAGCUGAUUUUGCUGGGGAGGAUUCGUUGAUACAAAAAGUUGCAAAGGGGUAA